GAGACGGACCAUCAGCUUGCUGGCUCUGCGGCAUCUGUGAUGCUCGCAGUAAACCUCAGCCAGAUGCUCGCAGGAGCUGUGGCUGCUGAGGCUGCUACGCUGCGAGAGGAGACGCCUGGUCUGGCCGGCAGCUGCUGACUCUUUCUCGCAGCGCGCCUCCAACACUCUCGCUGGCUCCGAUGCAGACCUCGCAGCCCUCUUUGGGCGGCCCAUCUUCGAGCACGCGUCCGCCUUCGAUCUGGCAAGAUCCAUCAGAGCACAUCUUGUCCGGCAAAGGCUCCACGCUGCAGCACGCGCGAUCAGUGUACGCCGCCGGCCCAGUCGAGGUGCUGCCCGGCCUGUAUCUGGGCGACGAGCACAACGCCUGCGACGCCGAGACGCUCAGCGAUCUGGGCAUCACGACGAUCCUCAACGUCGCAAAGGAGACGGAGCUCCCGUUCCAGCGCGAGGAGCGCAACAGCCCUUUGACGACGCUGGCGGCCUCGCGCCGCAGCGCCGCCAGGCUAGCGCCGCCGGUGACUAGAGAGACCAGAUCGCCCUCUACGCCGUCCAUCUACCACACUCCCAUGACGAGCAUGUUCAUGCCAGGCACGCCCGCCCUCGCGCAACCGGGCGCGGGCCCAAGCUCGGGAGCGUCUGGCUCAGCAGCCACAUCGCAGCCGCUCACGCCGCCGUCGCUGUAUCUGCGCCCGACGACGUCGACGCCGAACCUGCAGCUGGCCUUCAAGGGCCGCUCGCCACGCUCCGGCGGACCUGGCGCCAGCACAAAGGACCUCUCGCCGCUGAAGCUCGGCACGCCGCGCGACAGGACGGGCGUCUUGCAGCAUGGCGUGCCCGAGGAGGGCACGUCGGAGGAAGAGGAGGACAGCACCGUACGCUCCUCCUCUGCCGAGUCAAGCGCAGCCGACACGAGCGGGACGGGACGCACCACGCCGCCGACGCCCAGCGUCGAGGUGGCUUCGCCAGUGCUAAACGGAACAGAAGAGCCGGAGACGACCAACGUGGUGCUCCCGCCCGGCGCGCUGGCUUUGAGCAUACCGGCGUCUCCGCUCAGCGGGCGGAUGCAGCAGUUGCGCUACGUCAAGCUGCCCUGGACGCACGACGAGACGGACCUGGCGCAGCCUGGCGGCGGCUUCGAGGUCGGCUCUGCGCUGAUCGCCGAGACGCUGUGCGUCGGGCCGUUUGCGCCGCGCGCGCAAGACGAGGGCACGUCGCGCGAGCGGCGGCCGGGCAAGGUGCUUGUGCACUGCCAGUGCGGCGUGAGCCGCAGCGCCACGCUCGUCAUUGCCUUUGUCAUGCAGGCUGCGGCGCUCGGCUAUCCGCUCGAGGGCAGUGCGGGCCUGACAGGCAUGCACGACUGCUACACGCUGGUCAAGGAGUGAGUUCUCAUGCUGUGCAGGACCAUGAGCGGCGCUGACUCGUGCCAUCUCAGCCUGUCGGCCAGCAUCUCUCCGAACUGCUCGCUGAUCUACCAGCUCGUCGAGUGGGA